AGCCAUUUUCUUGAAGGCUGUUAAGCUUACGAACCUUUCAGAGUACUGAGAUUAAAAAUCUAGAAUGCCUUUGGGUCUAAUGAUCAAUUUUGGGGGUGACAGGGAGAAAAGAACCUCGCCAUUCAGACCCAGAAGGGUUUCAUUCAAGGUGCCCUUCAAAUGCUUUUCCUUAGUCUUUAGAAGGAACUAGUAAUGAAGGAAGCGCAGAAGAUGAGGUUUUGGCCUUUUAAACAUGUCAUCCAAGCGGCAGGGUAGGAACUAAAGUAGGUCGACAGUCAAGUCUGAAAACGGUGUGUGGCCCUUUAAGGAUGUCUGCCAAGAGGCGGAGUCUAGAGCGGAAGUAGUAACGGGCCGAAGUCCCGCAGAUGAAGGGCGGAAGUAAGAAUGUCUAAUCCUGGCAGUCAUGGCGCAGGAAGAGGAAGAUGUUAGAGAUUACAAUUUGACUGAGGAACAGAAGGCGAUCAAGGCCAAGUAUCCGCCAGUCAAUAGGAAGUACGAGUAUUUGGAUCAUACAGCAGAUGUCCAGUUACACGCAUGGGGAGAUACUCUGGAGGAAGCAUUCGAGCAAUGUGCUAUGGCCAUGUUUGGUUACAUGACAGAUACUGGGACAGUGGAGCCCCUCCAGACAGUUGAAGUAGAAACCCAAGGAGAUGAUUUACAGUCUCUUCUGUUUCACUUUUUGGAUGAGUGGCUUUAUAAGUUCAGUGCUGAUGAAUUCUUCAUACCCCGGGAAGUGAAAGUAAUUAGUAUUGAUCAAAGGAAUUUCAAACUACGAUCAAUUGGGUGGGGAGAAGAAUUUUCCUUGUCCAAGCACCCUCAGGGAACAGAAGUCAAAGCAAUAACAUAUUCAGCAAUGCAGGUCUAUAAUGAAGAGAAGCCAGAAGUUUUCGUGAUCAUUGACAUUUAAGACACCAAAAAAGAAAAGAAUCCUAUGAAGAA